AUGGUGCGCAUCGGUUUGGUAUGCCUCGCGGGCUGGACUCUGGUCGUGGGAGCGGUGGCGCAGUGCGGUGGUGGAGAGGGUAUCUGGUACACCGAAGAACCGCCCAGUGUUGAGGCGAGCAUGCUCAGCUUUGAGGAAGCCAGUGACGAGUAUUACCAGGUGAGGCGGCAUCCUCGCCACCAGCAACAACAUCGGUCACGGGUUCGAUCCAGUCGCUACACACCGGGUGGCUACGGAUACGGCAACGACUACCAGCUGGAGAGGACCUGGGAGAAACAACCGGCUGCCCGGCAACAGCCCCUGUACGGUGAUAGGCGCAAAAGUCGCCGACAGCAGGGAUCGUACGCGUCGAGAAGUCAGCGCACCGACUACAACUAUCAAGUGGCGCCGGUGACGGAGGGUGCCGUGUACGAGCGCAGGAAGGCAAACCGGGCGGCGAAGUACUCCGGACCAGAUGAUGGACCGGGACACAAAACGUCAACGGUGGCGUAUAAAGUGCUGCCACCGAAACCAAGCUGUGCCCAGAACCUUCUGAUCGGAUGCACACCGACCGUCACCCGGGUUCCCUGCUCGGCCUCAAUGCACGAAGGUUACGGGGCAGCCCCCUACUAUCCACCGGUUCCGAUGUCCUAUAGCUAUCAUGAACCAGCGGCCUCGUAUGGACACCCAGGAUAUGAGCCACACCCGGCUGGGUAUCAUCAGCACCCGGCCGGCUACCAGAAACCGGCUGCAACAGAGUUCCAUCACCAUCCACCGGCCGGACCUGAAGGACCACCACCGCCUGGUUACGCCCCAUCGUACAAGUCGGCCACCGGCGAAGAACUGCCCGGUUUCGCUGCUCCCGUCCGGGAAGACUUGAGCGAAUCGCCGAAGGUACCGAUCAUCUCGGCAUUCGGCAAACCCCAGCCGGACCUGCAGCAGUCCACGACGGCAACGGCAAACGAGGCAACAAGUUCAGCACCGCAGCAGCAGCAGCUAUCAAGGGCGGCACCCAGCAAUGGUACCCAGCCGAGUCAAGAGCCCGGCCCCGCUCCACAUUCCGCUACCCCGAUGCCAGCGGUGCCCGGGACCACGCAGCCGAAGGAGGACAGCAACGCCGAGUUUUGGAACGACACGGAAAGUUCAACGGACGCCGUCGAGGCGACCACGGCCAGCUAG